AAUAGGUUGCUAAUGACCAUUCAAAAAUAGCUGAAAACAAUCUUUCACUCUUAAACAAUAGUCUCGACAUAUUUUUUUUGUUUUUCAACCGUUAGCUUAUCGCUUACGUUAAUCACGAUCGCUCCUCAUACUUUUUUUCUCAAUUUCUCUGCCGCAGCGCUCAGUUCAAGCCACAAAUCCAUCGAGAAAACUGUUUUAACUGGAAAACAAUCGUUUAAUGUUUUCGUUGACGAAGAAAUUGUUGUUAACUUGAAAUUUUCUGAUAACAUUACCUUCUUAACUUGCUUUCCUUCAGUUUGAACGUAAAAAACAUGUGUACGAGCUGCCCGAAAUGUUGUGUUGUAUUCGAUCUUUGCCGAUCUCUUGUGUCUUAGACCGAUCUUUUUCAACAAAGCGAAUGGCCCCAGCAAUUGGACUGCAACGCUCAACCGAGGAGAUAAAUAGAGUCUCCUAUCUACCGAGACGGUUCAGUAGCCUCAACGCCGCCGGUCGCCCGUGAUGUCCCCGUGAUGUCCGCACCAUGUUCACCACCGCAGUGACCUCUGUGCUCCUCUACUGGAUGUGUUGUGAACUGUGCGCAGCCGUUAAGGUUCCCGUUGUGUGGAAUGACCAAAGUUUUAACAGUGAUGUGAGUUCUAGUGCGGAUGACUUCACAGUCGAACAGUUCAAACCCGAAAAUGCCAACUUCAGAGCCGAGAUCUCCACGCAACCUGUUCCGGUAGAAUACUUCCAGUACACAGCGAAAAAACCUCAGUUCGCAGUUGAUGUGGCAGCUUUCCAUGGAGUGCAGUCGCCUGAACAGCAUUACCGUGCACACGCUGUCCUGCCGCACACAGGUAUUCAGAAACAUAACCUAGGGACUCAUCAUCUGUAUGACAAAAAUAAUGCUCUUCAUCGACCACUACAAGAAUAUAAGAAGCAAGAAAUAGAAAACCAAGCUGUACCGUUUGAAAGUAGUUAUGAAGUAUUUCAUCCAUAUAAAUCUGAAGAACAAGCCCUUAUCGAUAUCUAUAAAGAUCCUGUACUGGAUAAAAUAAGAAGUGACCUAAAAAAUAGUAAAGACAGGCUACAAAAUUAUGAAAAAAAUACUGGUGACCCAUCAAUUUCAAAAGAUGAGUAUUUAGAAAGCCCUGAAGAUACAGAUAAAAAAAUAUUUCCACAUAAAAAUGUUCCAGCUCAAUUUGAAAAACACCGGCCUCUGCGCAGACCGUUUUACUAUCAACUAUCGCCGCGCUUAAAUGUGGGACCUCAUCGACUAAAUCAACGCUUUAGACAUCCUUUACAACAAAACUAUGUAAAAAUUAGGCCAGCCCACUAUCGCCCGCUUCACAACCAUUUAUCAAAACUGAGACAACACCAUGCUCUAAAAUAUGAUGAUGAACAAAAUCAGUAUCCCCAGAUUUCACCCCCUGAAAAUUUGAGAGAAAUACCAGAUGGAUAUGAUAUUUUUGAAAAAGGUAAAGAUAAAUAUUAUAACAUACGAAAUAAUGUAGAUGAAUCUAUGAAUGCUGCUGUAACACAAAACCGUCCAAAAAAUUAUGAAAAUUUGGAACUUCAAGCUGAUAGUAAUGAAUCUCAAGAGGGUGGUUUAGAAUUUAUUCCAGUAAAAAGUUAUUCUCAAGUCCGCAAAACAGAAACCACUAAGCAUUUACCAAAGUCUGCUGCGUUAGAAGAAGCUACAAGUUUUGACGAGUUAAAAAAUGCACCUCGUUUAAAAGAAGCCGUAAAGAGUACUAAAGCCCAAACUGUCUAUUCUGAAGAAGGUUAUGAAGAUAGUGCCUAUGAUCACGCAGGAGAACUAAAACAUGCAUCAGACCACGAAGGCCAUGGUGGUUAUUUGAAAGAAAAAGAGCUUAGCAACGGAAAAUAUAAAAUACCUUCUGUUAUUAAUGCUCAUGAAGAUGCAGGUGGAUUUAUACACGGUGAUAAGACACAGCAUGGAAAAGAAUGGAGUGAUAGUGAUAAAGAUUCGCAACAAGAAAAAGAAGAUGAAGAUUAUGAAGAUGAUGAUCAUGACGAAAAUAUUGAAGCUGACAUAUAUGAGGAUAAUCCAGAAACAGAAACCGAUGACAUUACACGUGAAAAAAGAGAAAAUGUAAAGAUUCCAGAAGACAUUCGGGAUAUAAAUGAUAAAAUCAACAAAACAGACAUAGAUUUUAAAGUUCCAGAAGUAAAUUUAAACAACACAUUUUUAAGUGCUGAUGAAAUAUUGCAUUUAGCCAAACAAAAAAUUGUAUCGAACCAAAUGAUAAGACUUGAAGAUAAAUAUCCGUACUAUUUCCGAAACCUUAAUCAAAUAAAUAAAAAUUCACCAUUAAAAUACGCUGAAAAUUUAAGGUUUAUUCCUAAGAAGUCAGAAGGAGGCAGUGAGUUUUAUGAUUCUAGAAAUUUAUUUGAGUGCUCUGAAGUCGAUGAAGAUGUUGAUCCUAUAUCAGAAAAAAUUAAAAAUAACGGCACUAAUAAUUCUAACGAAGAUGAAAUAAAUAAAUCAGAUGACGAUACAAUUGUUAGGAAGAAAAGACAAGCUGAUUUUGAUCAAAAUAAACAACAACCUAGAUUAAAAGGAUUAGGAGAUAAAAUAGACUGUUUCAAAGCAAAAUAUUUCGGUGAAAACCCACUUGAUAGUCCAUUUUUUUAUGAAGACAAAAUAUCCGAUCCUGAUGAGAUAACAUUUCCAAUUAUUAAUGUAUUUAAAGAAAAUCAAAAAUUUAUGGCAUCAAAUUUAAAUAACAAUCAUAGUUUAUUUAAUGGUACAAGAAAUCCCAAAGAUUCACAAACUAAUGUCAUGAAAAAUAAAACAAAAAAUUAUGUGAAGUCAGAACAAAAGGAACCAAUCAAUGAAACAUCCAUUACGAGUGUGUUAAAUGAUAUUCAAAAUAUUUACAUUAAACCUGUAUUCAAUAUAUCGUCAUUUGUGAACACAUUAGAUACUAUAAGACCUAAUAUAACUAAGCAUAAUAAUUCGACCCUGAGUGCCUACAAAAGUGAUCCUUUACAAAUAACCCGAAGAACAAGAGACACACGAUUUUUUUAUGAACCCUAUAAAAUUGUCAGAGAUAGUCAAGGUCAGGAUUCUAAAAAAACUACAACAACAAGUAAUAUUAGUCCUUUAAUCAAACAAUUACAAUCUAAUAAUAUUAUUGACAAAGUAGUAGCGUCAGCAUAUAUGAACAAGUCUCAUCCUCGACAAAAUGUUUCAUCUCUUCAUUAUAAAGAUAUUGGAAGAAAUGAUAGAAUAAAAUUACAAACAAAUAAAACUGAUUCAUCAUUAUUUAUUGAUGUUAGCUUAGAUUCUAGGCGCGGUGAACCUCGCUAUGAAAUGAAAUUUAAAAAUCAUCAUCCAGAAUAUAAACAGGUAAACAACGAAACAAACAUGUCAAUCAAUGAUUACAAUUCACUUUUAAAAGAAAAAAGAACACAUAAUACAAGUUUUAGCACUGAAAAAAUAUUACCAAUAAAAGUCACGGAUCGUCCGUUUUUUGAUGUGUCUAAAUUCUUACCUCCUAUAACAACUCAUCAACCACAGGCAUCUAGAUUUAGUCGUCGAGUUGUAAGAAGUACAACACCUGCCGUAGAUAACAAUAAAAACAAUUCUGAUGAAAUCAACGACGACUCUGAUGAGGAUGAGGAAGAGGAAAGUGAAGAAGAGGUCUCAAAAGAAAAUCAAAAUAAUAAAGAUUAUGAAGACCGCACACCAAAACAUAUUAGUAGAAAACACAGAGAAUUACCUGUUCCAGAAGAUAACAAAGAAAACGUAAACGAAAAUAGUGAUGAAAAUAAUGAUAGUAAUGAUGAUAAUUAUGAUGAUGAUAAUGAUGGUAGUUAUGAAGAUGAAGCUAAAAACACUAAAGUUCCUAUCAAAAAACAAACAACAAGGCCAUCUUUUUCUUAUGUAUCGAAAUUCGUAUCAGCAGUAGACACACCUAGCUCCGUAACUCCUAGUACCUUUGACACUAAUUACAAAAAUAAUACAAAAACUCGCACUGACCAGAAUGCAGACAGUUCUGAAGAAUAUGAAGAUGAUGUAGAAAAUUCAACCUCUCCAACAAAUAAUACUACAAAGAAUAUAACAUCUACCGAUGAAGAUAAUGACAAAAAUUAUAAAUAUAAUGAGGAAAAUAAUGAUAAAAGCAAUGUUAAUAAUCGACAGAGACCAUUUUCUUAUGUAUCUAAAUUUAGAUCAGCCAUUGAAACACCGGAACCAACACCACCGAUGAAAAUACACAGAGCUACUACUGCUACCAUAACUUCACACAAACAAAAAACUAAAGCUACUGUGGCUCCUGCAGUUUCUAAUGAAGACUAUUCUGAAGAAUAUGAUGAUGAAGAAGAAGAAGAAAAUACACAAACACCAGUAAUAACAACCACCAUUAGACCAAUUUUUAGGAGAAAAAAUAAGGAAAAAACUACGAAAAAUCUGCCAUUAAAUAACGAUAGCGAAAGUAAAUUGAAGCUUGUUACUAGAUUCCGUAAUGAAAAUAGAAAAUAUGACAAUAAAAGCAACAAACCUUUAAAAGAAGUUGAACAGCCAAAGUAUAGAGAAAAAUCUAGCAAAUCUUCUCAUAGAACUAUAUUAACAGAUUCUCAAAGCUACGGCAACGGCGACGAUGAUUUAGUAAAAGAUGAAAUUGAUGCUAUGAUUGGUGUAAAGCAUAAUAUGGAAGAAUAUUUGCCUUUAUAUGAAAUCAAAAUGCAAAGAAAAAAACAUAAUAAUCAAGAUCAUGAGAAACAUGGUGAUAAUGAAGAAAUAGAACAAGAUGCCGAAGAAAAUCAAAAUCAUGAAAUUCCUUUAGAGCAAAUUGUAACGACAGAAUCUACAAAAGUCUAUAGAGGCCGAAAAAAAACUAAGCCUAUUAUAAAGAAAAAAAUAAUUGCUGUGCAUAAAGAAACACCAGUGAAUGAUGCUCAGAAUACCACACAUUUUAAGCAAGACAUUAAUGAAGAAGAAAUUAUAAAAGAGUACCCAUCACUGAAAUCGCGAAAAAAUUUAGAAUCUCUAGACCUAUAUAAACAAAAAAAUUUAGCUGAAGAAGUGAAUAAGUUAAGCGACGUUGAAGUAUUUAAAGAGAAUCUUGGGACAAAUCCUAAGCAUGGUGGCAAUUAUAGAAGUGAAAAACUCACAGAACUUGUUGAUAGUGAAGUUAACGAUGGAAAUGAACCAAAAAUGCACGGAGGAAAUUUAAAGAGUUUUCAAGAAGUUGCCGAAACAUCCAUAAGUGAACAAGAUUUUAAUACAAAAGAGAACGAUAAACUAGCGAUUAAUGAUAGAGUACCUAACUCACACAGGAAAAGACGACAACGUGGUAGAAAACGGCAAAAAAUAACAGAAGAUAUCAUAAAAACUCAAAAUGAUUCAGAAGAUAUAGAAGAAAACACUCCCACUAAGCCCAAGCACUCUAUAAGACGUAUCCCUGGCAAUAAUCGUCAGAACAGUGAUAAUUCUGAACCCGAUGUCCAAAGUGAAAUGUCUUCUGAAAUUCAAAGGGAAGAGUUAAAAGCUAAAAGUAAGAGAUCAAAAAUUAAUAGAAACAAGGCCGCUGAUUUACUGAGCAGUCUCGCCCAAGCGGUUCCUAUUCUAACCACGACCCCCGUUUAUAUUCUAGAUCCUAGUAAACGAAUGUAUUAUUAUGUGGAUUCUAAUUAGUUAAAAUAAAAAUAAUAUUUGGACGUUGGCCUCCACCCCACAAUAUAAUUUAUGUUUAUAAUACUGUCGCCGUUUCUAAAACAGCAUAUAGGUAUCUUUUGUCAGUCUCCCAAUCUAAAACUUACUUGCUAGGCUGCACUUACUUGCGUUUCUACACUUACUUGCCAAGCUGCAUAGCGUUAUAUUUCUCAGAUUAGAUUUAAUAAAAAAUACCUACUAAUUAAUGCAAUUAUUUUAUAAUGUAAAAAGAGGAUCACUGAAUUAAUGUAAUAAUUAAGGACUGUAAAGUAAAAUAUAAAGAUAAAAGGAUUG